GGUGGGAGGCUGCCGGAGAGGUGCCGCAGUAGCCGCCUCAGCAGCCCUAGAGUCAGCCCGUCAUCCUUAGCCGCCGUUGAGCCGUGCCCGGAGCCCGGCCGAGGAGGCUGCAGUCGCAGCCAGAAGCCCGCAGCCCGCGCCUCGAGUCCGCCGCCGCGCUCCGAGGGCGCCCCAAGCCUCGCCAUGGUGAAGGUGACGUUCAACUCGGCUCUGGCCCAGAAGGAGGCCAAGAAGGACGAACCCAAGAGCAGCGAGGAGGCUCUCAUCAUCCCCCCCGACGCCAUCGCGGUGGACUGCAAGGACCCAGAUGAAGUGGUACCAGUUGGCCAGAGAAGAGCCUGGUGUUGGUGCAUGUUCUUUGGACUGGCAUUUAUGCUUGCAGGUGUCAUUCUAGGAGGAGCAUACCUGUACAAAUAUUUUGCACUUCAACCGGAUGACGUGUACUACUGUGGAAUAAAGUACAUCAAAGAUGAUGUCAUCUUAAAUGAGCCUUCUGCAGAUGCCCCUGCUGCUCAGUACCAGACGAUUGAGGAAAACAUUAAGAUCUUUGAGGAAGAUGAAGUUGAGUUCAUUAGUGUGCCUGUGCCGGAGUUUGCAGAUAGUGAUCCUGCCAACAUUGUCCAUGACUUUAACAAGAAACUCACAGCCUAUUUAGAUCUUAACCUGGAUAAGUGCUAUGUGAUUCCUCUGAACACUUCCAUAGUUAUGCCACCCAGAAACCUCCUGGAGUUACUUAUUAACAUAAAGGCUGGAACCUAUUUGCCUCAGUCAUACCUGAUUCACGAACACAUGGUUAUCACUGAUCGUAUUGAAAAUGUCGAUCACUUGGGUUUCUUUAUUUAUCGACUGUGCCAUGACAAGGAAACUUACAAACUGCAACGCAGAGAAACCAUUCGAGGUAUUCAGAAACGUGAAGUCAGCGAUUGUGUUACAAUUCGGCAUUUUGAAAACAAAUUUGCCGUGGAAACUGUAAUUUGUUCUUGAACAGUUAAGAAAAACAUGGAGAAAAAUUUAAUAUCACAGCAUAACCCCACCCUUUAUAUUUGUGCAGUGAUUAUUUUUAAAAAUCUUCUUUCAUGUAAGUAGCAAACAGGUCUUCACUAUCUUUUCAUCUCAUUAAUGCAAUUAAAACCAUUUCCUUUAAAAAAUCUUUUCUUCUUUCCAAGUGUGGUGUCUUUUAUCUUUGCAUUAGUAGUUGUACAAAGUCAUAGAUAAUAGUACACUUCACCAUAGAUCUUAGGAGUAGAGAUUUUUAUGUUUUGAUUAUGCAUUUCCAAGAGGCGUGGUUAUCUAAAGAGUAAUCAUAUAUAUGCACAAGUAAAAAUGGACCACAGUGACUUAUUUGUAGUUGUUAGUUGCCCUGCUCUUUAGUUGUUUAGAGCAUUUGAGCACACAUUUUAAUUUUCCUCUAAUUAAAAUGUGCAGUAUUUUCAGUGUCAUAUUUAACUAUUUAGAGUAUGGUUUCCACCUCAGUGUUUUUAAUAUCCUAGGUAUCUGCUGUAAUAAUACUUUAGAAAAUGUUUGGAAUUUAAGAAAUAACUUGUGUUACUAAUUUGUAUAACCUAUAUCUGUGCAAUGGAAUAUAAAUAUCACAAAGUUGUUUGACUAAA